AUGUCAGCUUCCUCCACCCCCAAAGUUCAAAUCCUCCUCUCCGUGGAUUUCGAUGCUGUGUCGGGCUUUCUAGGCACUGGUGCAUCAGCCACAACAAAUCUGGCCGAUUACAGCAGUGGCUUCUUUGCAGCUCAAGUGGGAGUCCCGCGCUUGUUGCGUCUUUUCAAAAAACAUGGAAUUAGUUCUUCGGUGACCUGGUUUGUGCCUGGGCAUUCAAUGGAGUCAUUCCCAGAAGAGACCAAAGCAAUCGUCCAGUCGGGUGCUGAAAUUGGCUGUCAUGGGUAUGCUCACGAGGGCUCAAGUCAAAUGACCGAGUCACAGGAGAGAGAAGUCAUCGCCAAAUGUGUACAGCUAGCAACCGAACUGACGGGCCAGAAACCUCGAGGUUGGAGGGCGCCGUUAUAUCAAUUGCGAACGCAUACCAUUCAAGUGCUCGAGGAGUAUGGCUUCCUAUAUGACACCUCUCUCACACAUCAUGACUCGGCGCUGUAUUUUGUCCCCCGAAUGUCAGAGCCCAAGUCCAUUGACUUCUCGCCAUCCAAGUCUGCUUCUACUUGGAUGAAGCCCCUCCCUGCACCUGAACCCAGGACUUCUCAGACUCUAGUGGAAAUUCCCUGUAACUGGUAUAUGGAGGACAUGACUCCGAUGCAAUACCUCCCCGCGGCAGAGAACUCGCAUGGAUUCGUUAGCCCGAUCACCAUUGAGCAGAAUUGGAAGUCGCGAUUUGAGUUCCUCUACAGUGAGGCUCUCGAAAAGUCAAUUGAGGGAGAUACCGAACAAGGCUUCGUGUUCCCUUUGGUUCUUCAUCCAGAUACCAGCGGAAUGGCCCAUGUGGUAGGGAUGAUUGACCGAAUGAUCAGUUGGCUCAAACAGCAGGAUGGCGUUGAGUUUGUUACUUUCGAAGAAUGUGCAGCAGAGUGGAAAAAGAAGCAGGAUGCUUAG